GCUGAAUUCAGUCAUAUAGUGUCAGCUUGUGGUUCGGACACAUACACGAUCCAUUGAAAAUGCAAGUCGAAGUCAAUCCCAACGAAGAUACCGAAUGGAACGAUAUCCUUCGCAAGCAUGGCAUUAUCCCCGAGAAGCCCAAGGACCCUGAGCCACUAAUCCAGGAGGCGCUGAUCGAAGCAGAGCGCAAGGCUUAUGAGAACCGACUGGAGGACAAGGAUCUGGAUGAGCUAGACGAGCUAGAGGACGAGGAGGAUGAGGCAUUCCUGGAACAAUACCGUCAGAAACGAUUAGCGGAGCUCUCUACGCUGCAGCAAACCAGUGUGCACAACCAAGUCUAUCCUCUCCAGAAGGUCGACUACGCCCGCGAAGUAACAGAGGCCUCGAAUGACUGCUUUGUCUUGGUCCACCUCAGCUCUUCAACUGGCGGUAACGUUGAAUCGCAACGAUUGACGGAACUCUGGCGGACUCUGGCGGCCAAGUACGGGGAUAUCAAGUUCUGCGAGAUCCGCGCCAACAUGUGCAUUGAGGGCUAUCCCGAGCGCAACACACCCACUAUCCUAGUCUAUAGAAAUACCGAGAUCAAGAGGCAGCUGGUCACCUUGCGGGAACUUAAGGGGCCGCGCACUACAGUCGAAGAUAUCGAGAGAUUGCUCCUUGACCUAGGCGCUCUCAAGGAGAGUGACGUACGUUUGAAGAAGCGAUCGGACUCUUCGGACGAUGAACGUCCGGCCAUGAGUAAAAAUAAGUCAAUUAGACCUAUGGUCCAGGAUGACGAUGACGACUGGGAUUAGGUACUAUAAUCCUGUGUUGUCAUAUCAGGUGUCAUGCCCAUUCAUAUCAGUCGAGCUGGCCGGAUGGUCAUCAACUGAACCACUCAAAAAGAACUUGAGCCCGCAGCGGACGAAUAUCUUUUUGAGUAUUGGAGGCGGCAAUGCUAUCGUUGGGAGGGGCUACCGUAGCAACCUAGAUGCAUAUCCGGAGCUGGGCUCGGAAGGCCAGGAAGCUUUCGGCUUUCAGCGAUUUGGUCCUACCAUCUUCACACCGUCCUUCAAGUCUCCACCACAGAAUAUUCACCUUGCCAUCAAUUGUAUAUUUGGCCACGUUAGUAACAGGAUUCCGCAAGGUAUUCAAGAAAAUUACUCGAAAUGGAAUCCCCAAAUGAGGUUCCCAGCCACAGCCGCAAGUCAUAAAAGCCGACUUGAGCAGUUGACGAUGAAGAGCAGGAAGGUGGCAUAUGUUCCUAGU